AUGCUAGAUCUCCUAAAAUACGAGAGAAGAAAGAAAAAGUCAAAGCUGAAAGAAUUGGAGAAGGAGUACGAAUAUUUGCUCAUCGAAAGCACAAAAGGAGAGCUUGUGAAGUCUAAAAUACACAGUGCGGCGAGGAAGAACGUUUCACACUUGGAAAAUGAGAUCCACAAAGUCCUCAUUCAAUGGACAGAAGCUGAAUUAGUGAAAAAGAAAUACUUUUCUAUCAGACAGGCGCUGGUUGACGACUCUGUGAAAUUCGAGAGUUCUUUGAGUCAUAUGGAGCAGCUUUUGAAAAACCAGAGAGAUGAAAUCAAGAAAUUGGAGUUUGUUCGUGAAGAAGCAACGGAGAUGCGUAUGCGCGCAUCUAUUGCUACAGGAACGGAGGCUGCGCGUGCGCAUGAUGCAGAACAUGCCCGGGUCACGGAGCGAGCCUACUUCACGCAGAGGUUCGAAGAGAGGAAAAGAGAACUGGAGAAACUUGAAAAGAGGAUCUUUCCACCGCCUGCGCGCCCAAUUCGCACGGAAUCGAACAGAUCAACAGAAGGCGAUGUGAUCACCGAAGAAGCCACUGCUGCUCAGCAGAUGGAGGACAUCUUCCAGAGGUUAAUGAAACUUACUGGAGUAACAGACGCAGAAGAAGUAUUCGAUCGUUUCCGCGCGCAAAGGGAGACGUCGAAGCGCCUGGCGUAUCUACAGCAGACCACGGAGGAGGAGAAGCUUCAACUUGAACACACGCAGACUACACUCAUGGCUGAGCUGGAAGCUUUUAAGUUCGCCUCUGUUAAGGAUAAAGACGAGUGA